CAGACAGAGUUGGGUUUCUGGGUGGGGCCGAGGAAAACGCCAAGGACUCUGUAUAAAGGAAUUCGGGCCCCUACGUGAGAAGCUCGGAGGGGGUGGUUCCAGGAGUUCCUUGUGGAGAGGGGAUCGUCCGUGACUGACACCCGUCGAAAAGCUCUCGAUUUCACGCAACCAACCUUACCCACGUCCCCAACAAAAUCCUUGAUUUUAGCCCUGGGAAAAUUAGCCAUUCUCCUGCUCUCGGUUUGGGGUGAGAGCACCCUUCCUAACGGUCUUCGGGAACUGUGCGCGCCGGCUGCAAUGGGGCCGCAUUUUACCCUCCUGUGUGCGGCGCUGGCCGGUUGCUUGCUUCCUGCCGAGGGGUGUGUUAUAUGUGACCCGUCUGUCGUGCUGGCGCUAAAGUCCCUGGAGAAAGAUUACCUGCCUGGCCACCUGGAUGUGAAGCAUCACAAAGCCAUGAUGGAAAGGGUAGAGAACGCCGUGAAGGAUUUCCAGGAACUGUCGCUUAAUGAGGAUGCCUAUAUGGGGGUCGUUGAUGAGGCCACACUGCAAAAGGGGUCCUGGAGUUUGCUGAAGGAUCUGAAACGCAUCACAGACAGUGAUGUAAGAGGUGAUCUCUUCGUGAAGGAGCUAUUUUGGAUGUUGCAUUUGCAAAAGGAAACCUUUGCCACCUAUGUUGCUCGAUUCCAAAAAGAGGCUUAUUGUCCCAACAAAUGUGGUGUGAUGUUGCAGACUCUGAUCUGGUGCAAGAACUGCAAAAAGGAGGUUCACGCUUGUCGAAAGUCCUACGAUUGCGGGGAGCGGAAUGUGGAGGUUCCUCAAAUGGAAGACAUGAUCCUGGACUGUGAGUUAAACUGGCAUCAGGCGUCUGAAGGCCUCACUGAUUACAGCUUUUACAGGGUUUGGGGGAACAAUACGGAGACCUUGGUGUCCAAGGGGAAAGAGGCCACCCUGACCAAGCCCAUGGUGGGUCCAGAGGAUGCAGGCAGCUACCGCUGCGAGCUGGGCUCUGUGAAUUCCAGCCCAGCCACGAUCAUCAAUUUUCACGUCACAGUGGUGCCCAAAAGGAUGAAGGAGGAAAAACCGUCUCCAAAUAUCGUAACCCCAGGGGAGGCGACCACGGAGUCGUCCAUAACCCUCCAGCCUCUGAAGCCCGAGAAAAUGCUGAAAAGCCGCCUCCUGGGGCUGCUGAUCUGCGGCUGCCUAGCACUGAUAACCGGCCUUACCUUUGCGAUAGUUCGUCGAAGGAAGGUGAUCGAUUUCAUCAAGUCCUCAGUGUUUGGCCUUGGCAGUGGAGCGGCAGAGCAAACCCAGGUCCCAAAAGAAAAGGCCACAGAUUCAAGGCACCAAUAAAGAUUUAUCUUGUUGUCUAA